AGACAGCAGCAAUGGGAGGCCGUACAGGGACCCAUGAGAGACUCUGGACCUGGCAGCAGCAUGAGGAGGCGGUAUAGGGGCCCAUGGCAGACUGUGGACCUGGCAGCAGCAUGAGGAGGCGGUACAGGGGCCCAUGGCAGAUUAGGGGCCUGGCAGCAGCUAUGGGAGGCCCGUAAUCUGCCAGCACCCUAUGACAAAAUGGAACCCUGGGCUGGGGCGGCAGAGAACCGCCGUAUCUUUAUCACGGUUUUCCCAGGCCACCAAAUGGCGACGCUGCAUAUGCUGCCGCAACGCUGUAGUCCCAACAUGGGCCCCUGGCCACGCUUGACUUUCU